UUUAUUACUCAGGGCAUUUUCCUGUGCUGUUCUGUUCUUCAGAGAAUCAUAGACAUGGAUUUCAGGACAGGUACUAAUAAGACAAAUGAACAGGUCCAUCAAGAAUCUUCCCAGGUGAGAGAGAAACAUAUCUCUAGCUUUCAGGGAGAAAGUGAAGAGAAGGAAAAGGACACUAACUCUGAGAUCCUUGUGGCUAAUUUUUCAAAUAUCUAUGCAUCGGAUUUGUUGCCUACUAGGAAUGGUGAGGAAUUAACAGACCAGUUCCUGCUUGAAGUGGUAGAAAUUCUCCUGAAUUAUAUUAAAAAAGCCUAUGAUGGGAAGAGUAAAGUUCUGGACUUUCAUCACCCCCAUCAGCUUCUGGAAGGCUUGGAAGGGUUCAGCUUGGAGCUGCAUGAUCAGCCAGAGCCUUUGGAACAGAUACUUGUUGACUGUAGGGAUACCUUAAAAUAUGGAGUUAAAACAGGACAUCCUCGCUACUUCAACCAACUCUCCAGUGGCCUUGACAUUGUUGGACUAGCUGGUGAAUGGUUGUCAGCUACUGCAAAUACAAACAUGUUUACAUAUGAAAUAGCUCCAGUGUUCGUUGUCAUGGAGGAGAUCCUUCUCAAGAAAAUGCAUGAAAUGGUUGGAUGGGGAGAAACGGAAGCAGAUGGUAUAUUUUCUCCUGGUGGGACCAUAUCAAACCUUUACAGUGUUCUAGUGGCUCGUUAUAAGCGGUUUCCUGAGAUUAAAACCAAAGGCAUGGCAGCACUUCCACACAUUGCACUGUUUGUUUCUGAACAUAGCCAUUAUUCAGUAAAGAAAGCUGCAGCGGUCCUUGGAAUUGGGACAGAUAAUGUAAUUACAGUAAAGUGUGAUGAAAGAGGGAAGAUGAUUCCAUCAGAUUUGGAGGCAAAAAUACUCAAAGUCAAGAGACAGGACCAUAUCCCACUGUACGUCAGUGCCACAGCUGGUACAACAGUGUAUGGAGCUUUUGAUCCUCUUGACAGCAUUGCUGACAUCUGCGAGAAGUAUGGACUCUGGAUGCAUGUGGAUGCAGCAUGGGGAGGUGGGUUGCUGAUGUCUAGGAAACAUUCCUUUAAACUUAAUGGCAUUGAAAGGGCCAAUUCUGUCACCUGGAAUCCACACAAAUUGAUGGGCGUUCCACUUCAGUGUUCUGCCUUCCUGAUCUGUGAAAAGGGUCUUCUGCAAGCCUGUAAUCAGAUGUGUGCUGGGUAUCUGUUCCAACCAGACAAACAGUAUGAUACAACUUAUGACACAGGGGACAAGACCAUUCAGUGUGGCCGGCAUGUUGAUGUCUUCAAACUUUGGCUAAUGUGGAAAGCUAAGGGCACUCGAGGCUUUGAGAUUCUUAUCAACAAAUCCCUUGAACUUGCUGAGUAUCUUUACAAGGAACUGAAUUCAAGAGAGAACUUUGAGCUUGUAUUUGAUGCCGAACCUGAACUCACCAAUGUGUGUUUCUGGUACAUUCCACCAAAUCUUAGAAGAAUACCAAAUGGGCCAGAACGAGAGAAAUUACUUCAUCAGGUUGCUCCAAAAAUAAAAGCACGGAUGAUAGAAGAAGGAAUGACGAUGGUUAGCUACCAGCCACACGGGGACAAAGUGAAUUUUUUCAGAAUGGUCUUUUCCAACCCAGCUACUAGGAAAUCAGACGUUGACUUCCUCCUUGAAGAAAUUGAAAGGCUUGGCAAGGAUUUGUGAUAACAGAUGCUGCACUUUGAAAUGGGCUCAAUUUUGUUCUGGUAUAAUGGGCACCAUUAAAAAUGUUACAUUUGCUACUCCAUGUUAGUUUAAUUUAUUGUGGCACCUCCUGUUCUAAGGAUAGGAAGAUACU